ACUCCAGGAAAAGACCAACAGACCGUGUCAGGCAUCUAUGAGAUAAAUGAUCUCGUUUUUGAUCAAUCGGGUUCCUAUUUGGCGGUCGCAGGCAGCGAUGUGAGAGUGUACCUCUGUAAACAAUGGGAUCAACUUAUUUGGUUUAAUCAACACACUGCACCGGCCACUGGCGUGAGAUUUGACCGCAAGGCUAAUCAAAUAGUGUCAGCAAGCUUAGAUCGCACUGUGAAGGUCUACGGGAUCCCAUCCUAA